AUGAGCGAGGCAGAGGAGGAUGGGAGCAGGAGCGAAGAGCAGAAAGCCAACCGGAGUCGCUAUCUGAAAAAAUGCCUUCGUAGGGCAAAUCCCCCGCCAAGCCAGGCGCGGAGCAAGCCAGGAGGGGGGGACGAGCCAAGGGGGAGGGAACGGCCCGCCCGUAAGGGAAGUGGGCAGGGCCGGAGCUCAACAAAAAGGCACUGGAAACCAGAAGUAGCUGGUCAGUCGAGCUCUGACUUCGGAUCAGACACCAGCCGGGAUGAGUGGCCGGGACCGCGAGGGAAAAACAUCCCUGUCACCGACUGGAAGAGAGUAGAGAUUGCGUGUGCCGAUUGGGUCCCACCGGCCACGCCAGCGUUCCCGGUCCAGGUGACGGACAGGGGACAGAGGGUCCACUCACCAAUAAACCCUAAGGAUAUACAAGCAAUUGUUAAAGCAAUUGCGGAUAAAGGGCUUAAUUCUGCCAUGAUCCCCACCCUCAUAGAUGGUGUCUUGAGUUUCUGUUCACAGGACCAGAUUAUUGGACGCCCCUGUGACCCGUACACCCCAGUGCCAACAGAGGAUGACAAGCCAACAAGCAUCCUGGCCGCAGCAGAGAGCUCCACACCGGCAGAACCCAAACAACGGCGACAUGGCCCCUGUGGCGGGGUGCUACGACGUCUUUGUGUGAUCUUGAUUUUAGAACUUGUCACCACAGGACAGGUAACAUUAGGUCACCCUCACCAGCCAUUUAAAUGGUCACUCCUUCGAGUCAAGGAUCAGCAGGUUAUCGCAACUCAAAUAACAUCAGGUGCGCCAAGUUUUAGUACCCCUCUCUGUCAGCUUGUCCCGAAAGCCAGAUGUAUGGUAGACACAGUAUUUUACAUGUGUCCCAGCUCAAACCCUGGGAAAGGGUAUUGUAACUCCCCUAGCCAGUACUUCUGUAAUUAUUGGGGAUGUGAGACCAUAGCCCCUUUUUGGAUAUCGGGUAGUGGUAAAGACAGAUACCUAAAAGUUCAGUGGGGUCCAUAUGGGUGCACCUCACCGAGAGGAUGGUGGCAUAAAAGUGGUCAGUUCCUCUUCUUAAAUGUUACCAAGCCCGAAGAGGACAGUUGGUUACUUGGAAAAGUUUGGGGAGUAAGGUACUCAGAGCCAGGGACAGACCGAGGUGGCUUAAUCCUCAUAAAAAAGGAGGUCGUCCCGAAUGAUCUGCUGCCAGUAGGCCCCAACCAAGCAGUUAUCAGCAAAGCCCUGACUAUCCCUAAUCAGAACUAUGUGACUAAAAAGACAGACAAUCAGGAAAAACUGACAAAAGCUCCCGUAACGACACACACCACUAAAAUUCCUGAUAGAGAGUCGCUCUGGAAAAUGAUGCAAGCUAGCUACUAAAUGCUGAACAAAACUAAUCCAAAUCUCACGGAGCAUUGUUGGCUGUGCUACAGAAUAAAACCACCCUUUUAUGAGGCUGUAGCAGUAAGUAACCAACCCCUACAAAUGAAUGGUUCAAAUCCAGCUCAGUGUAUAUGGGAGACAGAUAAGCAAGGGAUCACACUAGCACGGGUGGUGGGAAGCGGCGUGUGUGUAGGUAAAGUCCCUGAGAACAAAGAACAACUGUGUGAUAGUAAAGUACAAGGUAAAAUCCCUGCAAAGUGGUUAGUACCGGCCGACAAUACCAAGUGGGUUUGCUCUGUCACGGGAGUUACACCUUGUCUGUCGUUGGACAAAUUUGAUGAAUCCUCAGAAUAUUGUGUCCAGGUAACUAUAGUCCCUAAAGUCUUUUACCAUCCCGAAGACGCUGUCUAUGAGUCUCUGAUUAACCCACAACAUCAUCUGUCAAAGCAAGAACCCUUUACAGCACUAACAAUAGCUACCCUAAUGAUCAUAGGAGGGGCAGGAGUAGGCAUAGGAGUGGCAUCCAUGGUCCAACAGAAUAAAGAAUUCAGUGCCUUGAGGAUGGCAGUGGAUGAAGACCUGGCUAGAAUUGAACAAUCAAUAAGUGCGCUAGAACAAUCACUCAGGUCACUAUCUGAAGUAGUGCUGCAGAAUCGGAGAGGACUAGAUCUAAUGUUUUUACAGCAAGGGGGAGUGUGCGCUGCACUAGGGGAAGAGUGUUGUGUAUACGCGGACCACACCGGGAUAGUGAGGGACACGAUGGCCAAAAUGCGAGAGGGGUUGGAAAAACGGAAAAAGGAACGAGAGGCGCAGGAAAGCUGGUUUACAUCCUGGUUUAACUAUUCACCUUGGCUGACCACCCUGAUAUCCACCUUGAUAGGGCCAGUCGCAAUGAUUCUGAUAACCUUGAUCUUUGGACCCUGUAUACUGAAUAGGCUUGUGGCGUUUGUCAAGAGCCGGCUGGAGAAGGUUGACAUCAUGCUGAUAGAAGGCCAACAACUGCUUUAA